AUGGGCGCGUCUUUCCCUGAAACUUUGAACAGCAAUUUGAAAACUGGCGAAUGUGUCGUUCUUAAUGAGUUCGGAAGUUUUAUCGAUGGCGAUGUUGUCGUGUGUCGGAGCCCUUCGUAUUCACCCGGGGACAUUCGGGUGUUGCGGGGUGUCAAACUACCCGCUGAGCAUCCGGUUUCGAAAUUGCGAAACGUUAUUCUCUUCAGUACUUCAGGCGAAAGACCCGAUCCAGAUAAAAUGAGCGGGGGAGACUUGGAUGGUGAUUUGUACCUGGUAAUUUGGGACAAAAGAGUUCUGCAAUAUUCCGACACAUUACGUAACAUUGAACCUGAAAAAUACGACCCGCCUCUGAGCAAACCCACAUCUUCUAAAAAUCCGGAGGACUGGAUUCGUGAAAACAAUGCUGUGGUUGUUGUCGCGGAAACAGGCAGCGGUAAAAGCACCCAAGUCCCGCAGUACCUCGCCGACGAUUUGUUCCAUGUUCUCGGAAAACCUGAUGACUACAAAUCUCCGAGAAUUGCAUGUACCCAACCACGUCGGGUAGCUGCAACUAAGAUUGCUCAUAGAGUUCGCCUCGAGUAUUCAGGAAGCGUUGGCAUCGAAUCAGGUGCAAAACUCGAAGAAUCCCAACCGGAGAGGGUUUUCAACUCGAGUAAAGCCUCAAUUGUCGCGUAUCCGCUUUACGCAUCAUCAGGGUCCGAAGAGCGAUCGCUUAAUGAAAAUGAUCGGCUCGGUUGGUACGAAAACUUGCCGAAGGAUUCUCGCGCAGGAAGUCAAAAAAAUAUCAAGCAAGAGCCGAGUUUGGACUCCAGACAUUCGGGUACACCUGCCGAAAUAGGGGGUUGGGUCGGUUUCCAAAUUGGAUCUACUGGCAAGUCUUUCGAAGAGAGAAAAAAUAGUAAGAAAAUUUCGAGUGGAACACGAAUCGAGUUCGUGACCGAAGGUUUGCUGCUGAACAAACUCAAAACGCAACAAGAUUCAACCUGUUAUGAUUGCAUUAUAGUGGACGAAGCGCAUGAACGUGGGAAAGACACAGAUUUCCUAAUGGCGCUGCUCCGAAAAAUGCUUCAAAAAGAGGACUGCAAGCUCAAAGUUGUUGUAAUGUCUGCAUCCAUUGACGAAGAGCAGUUCUCAGAUUAUUUCUUUGGCUGUCCUGUUUUGAAAUGCCGCUGCAAAAUGUAUCCUGUUGUUGAACACUACAGACCAAUUUCUGGCAAUUUGGAACUGGAAACUGAAGCAGAAACUAGCGAUGAUAAUGCAAGCGACGUAAGUGAACCUUCCGAACAGAGUGAUGAAAACUUCUCAAAGACACUGACCAAAAAUGUUGUUCACGCUGUUGAUGUGUUAUUCAAAGAUGUUGUUCCAAACGUCAAAGGAGACGUGCUUAUUUUUCUGCCCGGAAAAAAAGAAAUCCACUCGGCUGUCGAUUUGAUUCGUACACGCGCUGAAAAACAGUUCAAAAGCUCGAAAAAUUCUUCAGAUUAUGUCAGAAAAGUUGUAUGUUGCACCAAUAUAGCAGAAACUUCGCUGACAAUUCCAGGCGUCAAGUUUGUAAUAGACGCAGGUCAAUCGAAAAAGAUGACUUACGACCACGAAUCAAGAAUAAGUGCUCUCGUGCUGCAAAAUAACUCAAAAGCGUCGGCGAAGCAGCGGAAAGGUCGGGCUGGCAGAAUUGAAUCUGGCUUCUGUUACAGAUUAUGCUCCGAAGCCGAUUUUGCAGAACUAGAAGACUUUGAUGAUCCCGAGUUGAAGCAGUGUCCAAUCGAUGAACUUUACUUAUACGCAGUACAAGUUUUCGGGUCAAUUGAAAACCUAUGUUUAAUGCCAGAUGCUCAGCCUGACGACGAUUCUUUACUCUUCGCGCGCCAAAGAUUGUUAAAUCUAGGAUUUAUUGUUGAAAACGGGAGUGAUUCAUCUCAAGAAAUUACUCAAGAUGGAGAAAAAGCUCUAAGCUUUCUGGGAGAGCUUUCACUUGAAGAUGUACGGAUGAUUAUUUCGGCAAGCAAUCAUCCAAUUCCAAUUGUACAACCAGCUCUUCAAAUGGCAAUUUUGACCAAAAAUUACUCCGAUUUGACGGUUAAAACUUCGCUUCAAGAAAACGACGAAUCGCGGAGGAUGCUUGAACGUCGAAACGUUUUUCUAGACGAACUCGGCUCUGUAAUGUUGCUUCACCCUCGAGCAGCGAGCGCAGACCAUGGCUUUUCGAUUGAGAGGCGGAGGCGAGAUCACUUCACCACCGCUCCCUCGUGUUGGAUCCCCAAUUUGUGUGCGAUUGUUUUCGAGAGUCUUGCCUCUGUGCAUAAAUAA